UCUUCUUCUUCCAGGUAUUACGACAACUUUACCCAGUGCACAGAACGUGAAGCCAACAACGCAAGCUGCUUUUGGCCAAACCCCCUUGCAGAAGGCUUUAUCACUGGGAUUCAUAAACAGUUCUUUUCAAACUGUUCUUCAGAGAAGGUUCACUGGGAAGAUCCACCAGAUGAAAUUCUCAUAACUCUGAUCUUGAUCCCAGUCAUGUUGACAUGUGCCAUGAUAACACUGGUAGUAUGGUGCAGCAAGAGAAGUGAUAUCCUGGUGUAAGUUCUUCCUCUGGGCUUUCUUUUUCCCCAUUUCCUUCUUCCAAAUAUGCUAAGAGAGGAGGACAAAGACAGAAACUCAAAAGAUUUCAGAUCUGCUGAAACGAAACCUGUGAGAUGCUGAGGCAGAGACGAUGUUCCUGUGAACAAAGAACUGCCUGCUGCUGAAGGUUACUGCUUCUAGCUCAGCCAUGGGUGUUGCAGGUGAAAAAUUCUGCUUCCAUUGGGCCUCGUUAUCAUGGAAUUCACAGGCAGCUCUCAGAAACAGGAGAGUCGCCAGGAAAAUAGAACCCUUAUCUGCAAAAAGGGUAAAGUUAGUUUCCUAACUAACUUCAGGCUGGUAAACUAAUUUUUGCAAAACUGUAUGUAAAUGUAUGUACUCACAGGGUGACACUGACUGCGGAGGAGAUGAUAUCUCUCGAGGUUUUGUGCAGAACAUUCAAGGUUUUCAUCUGUGAACCCUUGACUUGGAUAGAUCACUGGCAAAGGAACGGAAUGUGGAUGUAACCAAGUGGCAGCUUUUCCUGGAAGCUAGUCAAAAUCAUCCUUAUCAAGAACUGGAAGUGUUGUCCUGGCAAAGAAACAAUUUUUGUGUCCAGUGGCUAUCUGCAAAGGGAAAUUACCAUGCCACAGGAUAAAAUAGUUUAUAAAAUUCCUUUAAGCGUGGCUACUCGGAAUUGUAUGUCUUACAAACAAACUCUGGGAAGAUAAACAGGUCUUAUAAACAGGGCUGAAAAACGUGAGAGGAAAUUGGUUGAUUAUAAAUAUACUAAGAAGUAAUGAACAAACUUUCAUAUGCCAGACGCUUUAUUUUUCCUCUUUUAUAAUUAUUAUUCUUGAUGACUUGUGUUCACUAUGUACUCCCCACUCUCACUUCACUUUGUGCAAGUGAUAUCCUACAAAUAAAUAUAAAGGUGUCAUGUCAAUUGAGGUGCCUUUCAGAGUAUUGUACAUAAAUAGUUCUUUGUCCUGUGUAGAGUGUGGGAACUAAAGUACGAACAUCAAAGCUUGGAACAGACAUAGGAGGAAAGAGAAAAAAAUUCAACUCAGAAAUCUUAUUCUCUGAAGUAGUUCCUAUGUAACAGUCUAAAUAAAGAUCAUAUGCUCGAAAUAAAACAACUUCUAUGUUUGUGUUGCAAA